GAACAAAAUUUUUACCGCGGGAGAAAAAUCAUGUGGGAAAACUUGUGGCUUGCUGACAAAAAACUCUGUGGGGAUAUCAUUGAACGUGAAGCAUGCACGGAGGCAAGCAAACUUUUGGAUGGCAUUUUACGAGGAAGUGGACAAAAUUAUUCUGUGGCUAAACUAAAGAUAUUUCACCAUCCUGGGAGUGGUGGAAGCACAAUAGCACGGCAGGUUCUAUGGAAAAACAGAAAGCGUUUUAGAUGUGCUGUUAUCAAGACC